AUGACUUAUACUAAAAUGUACAGAUUGAUUCAAGUUUUGCUUUUUAUGUCCUUAUAUUUAAUGCAAAUAUCUAACGGUUCCAAAGCCGAAUUUGUAACUUGCGGUACAAUUUUAAAACUAAUAAACACUGACUUGAAGUUGCGGCUUCACUCUCAUGAUGUUAAAUACGGUUCAGGUUCUGGACAGCAAUCCGUAACUGCUGUUGACGUAUCCGACGAUAACAAUAGUCAUUGGCUAGUGAGGCCAGCCAUGGGGGAGACUUGCAAACGAGGAGCACCUAUAAAAUGUAAUACAAACAUUCGAAUACAGCAUGUAGGAACCAAAAAGAAUCUACACUCCCAUUACUUCUCAUCGCCACUAUCGGGAAACCAAGAAGUAUCAUGUUAUGGUGACGAGGAUGGUGAAGGAGACAGUGGUGACAAUUGGACCGUUGUUUGUAAUAACGAUUACUGGAGAAGAGACACGCCUGUAAAGUUGAGGCAUGUUGAUACUGCAGCAUACCUUGCUGGAUCAGGGAGAACAUUUGGCCGGCCGAUUAAUGGUCAAGGAGAAAUUGUAGGUGUCAGCUCACAAUAUGGUACAUACACAGACUGGCAGGCAAAGGAAGGACUAUUUAUUCACCCGGGUGAACUGUUACCCCACCAGCAUGCUAUUCAUACAGAAUUGUAA